AUGCCUUCUACCUUUGAGCCUUCCGCCCACGACAAGCUGGCACAGGCCCAGUACGAAGAGAUGCUAAAAGCCAGGGUGCUCAAUCAAGCCAAGGCAGUCUAUGACGGACGUCAGUUCCAGGACUGCAAGUUUGACGUCGUGAUCAGCUAUCACGACCCUGAUGAUGCAGGCGAUAGGGACUUUUUCAUCGCGUCGCUCAUCGUCUACGACGCCGCCUGCGACAACACAUACAACUCAGCUCCUGAGUUGAAGAUACUACUACGUUCAGAAGCGUGCACAUCCUUCGAGGGGGCAUACGAGUCCUUGGUCGAUGCCCUGCUUUUCAAGAUGACUGAAGCCCUAAAGUUUGUAGAUACACAAGAUACGGAGGAUGCAGCGGAAGUAUCCAGCAAGUUUUGA